AUGUUUAGGUGCAAGGGUCCCUGCGGCCGGAGCUUUCGUUCGGCUAAUGCGCUCAGACAACAUGUCACCGCCAACGGCCCUUGUCAAAUAGACCCGGAGGACUCGGAUGAGGACUUGCCAGACGAAGGUCCUUCCCGGCAAGCUGUCCGAUUGCCCGUGGCCGGUUCGUCUCGUGUUGCUGAGCCUGCGGCAAACAUCGAUGACCCGGCGUCCGCAAACGAUCACGCUAUGGAUGUCGAUAUGUCUGACCUGGAGCCGGAGUUGGAGAAGGGCGGUCGAGCUGAAGCCAACGAGCCCAUUGGCUGGGGGAGGGAGGCGCAGCAGAGGGCCAUCCGAGUAGGGCAACGCGCAGAAGACGCCUACUUUGAUGAGGAGGAGGAGGAGGAGGAUGCCGAAUAUGAAGAAGGCGAACGGAGGAUUGUGGAUGGUGACGCGCUGGAGGACGAGGGACGCGAUCGACCGGACGGCAGCGGUGACGCCGUCAACGGUGGGAACGACGGCGGUGAUCUGAACGAUGCUGAGGGAGGUGGCGCACCCGACGACGAUCACGAACCGGAUGCCGCGCAACAGCCGCCACCCCCGCUAGGCAAGAGAAGGGUUGUUCGCUUCGGAGGACGCGCAGGCGAAGUACUCAAUGGCGGUGGCCCCGUGCCCAAUGGCUACGAGGCGUACGGAGCUCAACUUCCCGAAGGCGCAGACGGGGAUAACGUGUACCAUCCUUUCGCGUCGAAGUUGGACUGGGAACUUGCGGCUUGGGCGAAGUCCUAUGCGAUUGGUGCAAACGCGCUUACCGCCCUCUUGAAGAUCGAGGGUCUCGCAGAUACGUUGGACCUCCAGUACCGCUCGAACCGAGACCUCAACAAACUGGUCGACAAGGGCCUGCCUGCCCGCUCGGACUUCAUUCGCAAAACAAAGCGAGUUGGCGGCGUAAAGCAUGUCCUGUACAUGCGCGACUCUCUGGCGGUAUUGCGGGAGCUAUACGGGCGACCGGACUUCGCGAUGGACAUGGUAUUUGCCCCCGAAAAGCAUUACAUGUUGGUGGAUGAUACGGAGGAGAGGCGGUGGUCUGACAUGCACACCGGCCGCUGGUGGUGGAACUUACAGGCCCAGGUUGAGGCAUACAAAGCCGGCGCUACGAUCGUUCCGCUGAUCGUCUCAUCGGACAAGACGCAACUCACCCAGUUCCGCAACCAAUCGGCGUAUCCUGUCUACCUCACCAUCGGGAACCUUCCAAAGGAGCUCCGUCGCAAGACCUCUCUGCAGGGGCAGAUCCUCGUGGGCUACCUGCCCGUGUCUCGCCUGGAAAACAUCAAGAACGACAAGGAGCGCCGUCGCCUGCUCUCCAACCUCUUCCACAGCUGCAUGGACGACAUUCUGAAGCCGUGUAAGGACGUCGCUCAGGACGGCGUCAUCCUUACAUCUGGUGAUGGUGUACAACGCCGAUGCCAUCCCAUCCUCGCUGCUUUCGUUGGCGACUACCCCGAACAGGUCCUCGUCGGCGGGGUGCUUUCGGGGCUGUGUCCGAAAGGAACGAUUGCACGCGAAGACCUGGGCUCCGAGAAGCCGUGUGCUCCUCGCAACCACGAAGCAGCGUCAGAGGCGCUCACCUGGCUGCAGACCCACGAGGGGGACAUGAAUGGGUUCGAAGCCGCGUGCAAGCGGGCCCACGUCAAGGUCAUCGACACGCCGUUCUGGGCCAACUGGUUCGCCGCCAAUAUCUACCAGGCCUUUACCCCCGACAUACUCCACCAACUCUACCAGGGCAUGGUCAAGCACCUCCUUGUAUGGUUGAAGCACGUCUACGGCUCCGAGGCGCUCGACCAACGAUUCAAGUGCCUGCCGGACAACCACCAACUUCGCCUCUUCAGCAAGGGGAUAUCUGGUCUCUCCCGCGUAUCCGGCACCGAGCACCAGGACAUCUGCAGGGUCAUCUUGGGAGUGAUUAUCGACAUCCCGCUUGAGUCCGCUCAUGAUCGGACGCGCCUUCUCGCGGCUGUCCGCGCGCUGCUGGACUUCAUAUAUGUUGCGCAAUUUCCGGAGGCAUCGACGAAGACAAUCGAGCAACUCGAGGACGCCCUUCACCGCUUCCACCUCAACAAACAGGUCUUCAUCGAUCUCGGACCGCGCGCGCACUUCAACUUCCCGAAGAUGCACGCACUAUCGCACUACGUCGAGUCGCUCAAGCUCUUCGGUACCGCCGAUAACUUCAAUACGGCGUAUUCUGAGCGCGCCCACAUCGAUUGCGCCAAGUCGGCCUGGCGCGCCACAAACGGGAAGGACGAAUAUCCGCAGAUGACGCUCUGGAUGCAGCGACAAGAGCAGAUCCUCGCACAUCGGACUUACAUUCGGUGGCGUCUUGAGGGUAGCCCGCCUCUUCAAGAUAUGCCGCGCGCACCCACGCCCCGUGCUCCCAAGCUCAAGCAGAGGCUCGCAAAGAACCCUAGCAUUGAGAGCAUGACCGUCCACGACGCCGCGCGCCUGUAUGGUGCCGAUAACUUCCCGCGCAAGCUGCAGGAGUUCAUCGUGAAGACCAAGCAUCCUCUGUUCUCCGACCGCCAAGUCCGCAACCUGACGAACAACAUCGUCUUCCCGGCGAACACCAUCUCUACGUUCCAUCGCUUACGCUUCUGGCACGCGGACGCUCAGGAGCGGGAGGGAGAUCUCAUCCCAGAGCUGCCAGACGCGAUCAUCGCACGUCCUGCGUACAAGGACACCCAGCGCCGUCGCGUUCAAGGGACGUUCAACACCGCACUUGUGGAUGAGAAAGGGGAUGGAAAAUUACGUGUUGGCCAAGUGAGGUUGAUCUUCAGCCUGCCGAAAAGCACGCUGGACAUGGUCUUUGGCGAUGAGGCCGCCAAUCUCCCGACGCACUUCGUAUAUGUCGAGUGGUUUAGUCGGUUCCGCCGUCCUGAGCAAUCGCACGGACUUCAUCGCAUCUCGCGCACGAUCAUCAAUAAUGCCCGUGUACAGAACGAGCGCGCCUCCGCCAUCCUGCCGUACGAUCGCGUCCAGCGCAGCGUCUCGCUCAUCCCACAUUUCGGCCCCACAGUCAAUCCAUCCUGGACCGCGGACAAUGUUCUCGAGCGAUGCUCCGAGUUCUACGUCAAUGCUUUCUCGGACAAGCACGCGUACAUGACCAUGCCGUAG